AUGCCGCACGUCUCGACGUCGGGCUCAGGAGGGGCCAGGAUGGUCCCCGCAGGACGCACGCUGGCAUUCUGUACUCUGUUUGUGGCCAGUGCAGCCAGUCCGGGUUGUUCCGCUCCCUCUUUCUUGGGUUUCUGUCCCACGACACUGUCUUCGAUCUCCCCUCUGUUCUGCAAGGUUGUGAUUCGGCGCUGCACGCUUCGGCAUCCCGGGUGUCUCUGGCGUGGACGUACCAGCCGUCGCGCUUUUGCGCCGGCGGAGCCCUUGCCGAGGAGGAUGCGGUCGUCGGGGAGUCUAUGGGUUACGUUUUGCGUUGCUGGCUCGGCAGGACUGGCGGCGAGCCUCGGAGACAAAUUGUUCAGUCCACGUCCGCCCCGUCGUAUGUGGGACGACGUUCGCUCGGAGAUGGUCCGACGUGAAUCCGACAUACAUUGGAUCUCGAGUUGCCGCGCGAUGUUUCCAGGAUUCUCUUCCGAUGAUGGUGUUUUUGAGGGGCAGCGCCGUGCCAAAGGGAGCGCGGCAGAGCCUUCUCGCUCCACGGUCCACCUUGGGUGGUGCCACGGUGCCCCCGGCAACAAAUACCUAGGGCGCCGUGAGUUGCCUUGCACGACGUGCAGCCGAAUUCUCAUUGUAAGGCGAAGGCGCAGGCUAUCUGCACACGGCCGCUUCGGCCUGCGCAUGCUGCCUGGGCGCAGUGCGAGAGCUCGGGCGCUGCUCGCGGGGCUGCGCCUGCGGGAGUCUCGCCGCGCGGCUCCCUGCACACGGCCCGCGCAGCUGCGGCCUGGGCGCACAGGAGCCCGGGCGCUGCUACUCGAGGGGCCGUGCCUGCUGGAGUUUCGCCGCGCGUCAGUCUCGUUCAAUCCGCGGCUCCCUGCACACGGCCCGCGCAUGGCCGCCUGGUCGGGGAAUCGUAAGACUCGAGUGUGCCGGAACUCGGGCUCGCCCCUACGCUGUUCUGACGAGCCCGCCUUUGAUUUUGACAGUUCGCUAAUUUUUAACCCCCCUGUCAGGCCAACCCGAUCUUCCGUCUUCCCGAUGUCGGCGCCUGGCGGGAGCUCGGGCGCCGGUCGAGGGCGCCGCCUCCCGGAGUUUCGCCGCGCGGCUCAUCUCCAGGUUCGGCGUCAAUAUCCAUGCCGACGAGCGUGUGGCAGUAAUUCGCUGCUGCGUCGCCCCGCUCGCAAGCGGCGGGCCGCCGGCGCUGCCAGCCGCAGCAAUUGA